AGUUGUGUUGAAGUCUCUUCGAGCCCAAGAUCUUGAACAUUCUGAGAACACAAACGCUUCUUUCAUCUUUCUCUAUCUCUCUCUCGCUUAGGGUUACCGUUGAGAGAGAGAGUUCUCAAUCUCGGUGACUUAGCCAUGAAUCCGGAACAGAAUCAACGCGAAUGCAUAGUAUGCCGUGAAAAAGAGCCGUCGUUCAUCCACACCGUCAGCAAAACCGGCGUUUUCCGGCGACUCUGCACCGAUUGUUUGCUCAAAGAAUAUCGUGACCUCUUUUGCUCUGUUUGUUUCAAUCUCUUCGACAACGCCGUUUCUCCACAAGCUCGUAUCAUCUGCGUCAAUUGCCCUUCAAGCACCCACCUUUCUUGCUCACUUCAGCCGCCGUCUUCCUCCACCGCCGCAUCUUCCUCCUCCUCCGCUCCACCACCAGCUUCUUCCUUCACAUGCCAGCCAUGUUCUAACCCCAAUUUCACAUUCUUCCCCAAAUCUCGUGUCAAUGAUGACGUCCCUGAAGAAACGCCUCUCAGUGCGGAAUCGGCCAUGGCUCUUAUCGCAGCUGCAAAGAUCUCGGUGGCUAAUAUGAAUAACUUGGUGGCUCUGUUAAAAGAUGAAGCUCGUAAGAAGAUCAUAGCAGCUAAAGCGGCCAAGUUGAGAGCUAAAGGUGCAUUGGCGAAUCUUCAGGAUAUUGUUAUUCAAAAGAAUAAAGCCACCGGCAAGAGGAAGGAAGAUGAACGCUGAUUUUCUAAAUCUUGACAGCAAUUUACUGAGAAAGCUGGAGACUUUGAAUUAAGAUACAUUAGGGCUUUUAUUUUGUACAAUGGUGUGUGUAAGACUCAGUGACAUUCAUUCAUAUUAAUGGGUUCCAUCUUCAAUCUUUAAAAGUCUUUGUAUGAUUUCAAGAUUUCGUCUUGUUUUAUGGCUUACUGGUUUGGAGAUUUUCAUGGAACAGAGAAGGUUUGAUAUUUUUAGAGUUCUUUAGCUAGUGAAUUAGGUUAUGAUUGGCACAUAUCGAAGAAAAUGAUAAUACGUUGAUGUUUUGGUUUGGAAGUUGUGAUAAAGCACACAUGGAAGAAUUUAUUGGAAGACUGUUUGAUGAUGAUUCAGAGUUCUCGAGCCAAGAAAUGAUAAUGCGUUGA